AUGUAUCUCAAAGUUUUGGACCCAGAAGAGCACGAGGUGUUGGCAAAUGAGCACGGCGCUUUACAGCUGGCACGACGCUAUACUCACAUUCCUCUACCUCGCCUGUUAGAUCUUGUAACAAAUGGUGGCCAUUCUUAUCUGCUUACCUCCCAAAUUCCGGGCCUACGUCUGGGGAUGUGUAUUGACGCGAUGAGUGACAGAGAGGUGAACUCGCUGGUUUACAACUUGCAGAAGUGCAUAAGAGAGCUGCGAGAAAUACCAAAAGAUGUUGCUCCUGACUAUAUGAUCACCAAUGCAGUCGGAAAGGCCUGUUUUGACUACCGCAUCAUCGCAGGGUCAGACUACGAUGAGGAGCGGGGAGAUCUUGCUGGCCCCUUUGUCGACGAGACCGAGUUCAACAAGGAACUCCCAGAUGGUGCAUUGCCUGAUGUGGCUCAUCGCAUCGGACAUAGGAUUUUCUUUUCACAUGCAGAUUUAAAUAUGCGGAAUGUUCUCAUACAUAACGGCAGGCUAUCGGGAAUUGUUGAUUGGGAAAACUCGGGAUGGUAUCCUGAGUGUUGGGACUAUACUAAUGCGUAUUUUACUACAAAGCUUCAUAAGCGGUGGCUAGGAAUUAUGGAUAGGGUGUUUAAGCCUCUUGGGGACUAUAAGAGCGAAUUGGCAAUCGAGCGCCAGAUUUUAGAAUACUGCUAUUAA